AUGGAGAGUAAGCAAACAGAUAUGGGCAAUGAGAAGAAAGUCGGCGAAAACAGAAAAUUGAAAACCCUAAAAGAAGAAAUACCCAAAAAAAUAAAAUGCGACGUUGAAGAGCUAAAAAUUAUUGUUGAAAGACAAGAAGAGAUCCUAGAAAAUCUUACACAUUCAUUUAAAGAUUCAAAAAGCAAAAGCAGCAAAUUGCAAUAUUUGUUGUCCGAGACACAUGACUGGAAAAACUCACUUGCUGAAAGAAACGAACGACUAGCGAUGAGAUUCCAAAAAUGCAUACCUGCUAAAAAAGAAAUUCCUGAUAGCUCUAAUGCAAAAAAAGAUUUAAAAAUUGAUAUUGAAGAUAGAUUGUCUGAAAAUGAUAUUCGAAGCAUUGGCUCUACUCCAAAAUCCGCUACAAACCCAGGGAAUCGAAUAAAAUUCAGGCGAGAACCUAAAACUCCAGCUGAAUCUUUAUUUUCAAAGUCUUACUUAUCAUUUCUUCAUAUUUAA